AUGUUGCGUUCCGGAAAUAAGCUUCUCCUCGGUGUUACUUGCGUCGAUGCCUCUCGUCUCAUCUCAGGAACCGAUGCCUCAGCAUUGUUGGGAAAGCGCUUGCGUGGUGCCGGGCGAGGGGGAGCUGGCUCGGCGACAAGGUCGUGGAAUCAGCUGUCUUCUCGCCCACGCAGGACACAAGGCAGGGCAAGCGGAGGCCGAAAGGGUCCUGGAGAUUCAGGGAGGAUGGCAACCCUGCAGCGACCCCCCCGCGCCCCUACCCAGCUCACAAGGCACACAGUGAAUGGCUUCCGGUACCAGGUGGCUAUGAUCACCAGGGGCCGCGAGGUAUUUGUGCAGGUGGUUGAGUGGCUGUACCAAGGGGGGCCGUGUGUCAAGAGUUAUUUCCUUAGUUUGGGAAAUGCGAGAACAGACUACAAGCGGAAGUUUAACAGCGAACAGAGAAAUCUGCUAGAGAACGGUGCCCCGUUUAGGCAGUACGACAUCUCCCUGCUCUAUAUCAUUCUCCAACUCAUGUGUGGACUGGCUGGUUCCAAUGACCCUGCCUGGACCUCCCCCCCGGCAGGUCAGCCUCUAGAGCACCUCCUGUAUAAGGCUGACGAAGGAAUUGAAUCCAGGAUCCUUCGACUGGCCGGGAACCGACGCGGGAUCCGACCCCACGUCUUUCGGGACGAGAUCUGGGAAAUCAAACAGGAUUUUCGGGACCUCCUGCGGAAAGUCAGAGAGCCCCUCCAAGCUACUGACCUGAACGAACUGCCGCAACUACAGCAAGAAAUUAGAACAUUUCAGGAUAUACUUCGGCAGAACGUGGAGCAGGAGAGUCGACGAGAGUUGUUUGAUUUCUACCCUCAGCUGUGGGACGUGACUCUCGCUCAGUGGCUGUAUCCUGAUCUGAAAAUCCAACCUAGUCUAAAUUUCACCAACCUUGUAAUCGUGGAAGACACGUCCACUCUGUCACCAUCUCAGGAGCAGAAAUAUCAGCCUUGCAACAUUUCCCACGAGAAUCUGCUGCAGGUUAAGCAGCGAAAUGGUCGCCUGCCUGAAGUGAUCAUAAUAUCAGGCGAAGGAGGAAUAGGGAAGACCACGCUGCUGAAGCACAUGCUGGAGAUGUGGGUGAGAGAUCCUUUGCAAAUUGAGGGACUUCAAGACGUUUCUCCGCUGCUUUACCUACAGCUGCGAGGAUGCACAAUCAGCAGUUGGAGUGACCUGCUGAAGCAUCUCCUUCAUAACACAUUUCAGGGAUCUGGACUUACCACUGAUAUCUUUGCAGGUUUAUUCCAGACAAUGCAAGUUGUUAUCCUGUUAGACGGUUAUGACGAAGUGAGCAAGAAGGCUAAGAAAUUGAUAACCGAUCUUCUGAACAUUCGUGGCAACGUGCGCAUUGUGAUAACCACGAGACCAGGCUGUGCAAAAGAGCUAACUCAAAUCAUGAGGAGCAAGACGAAUGUAAUGAAUGUUGAAAUCAAAGGAAUACGCAGAGAAGACCGACCGUACUUUAUUGAAAACAGUCUGUGUGCGUUUGUACAGUGUCCUAUCCUUAUAACCAACUUGAAAGACAAAAUAGUGACAAUUCUUGAAAACAUGGACUUUGAGAAGGAUGGACUUGAUGUCCCACUCACUCUGAUCCUACUGAUCAUCCGAGAGGUCGUGGCACCAGACCAGAGUUCACAGGACUUGUUCGAAGAUUUGACAAGGCUCAUGAUAGGCAAGGUUGAAGAGAGAUUGAUAGUGAAAGGCAUCGAUGAUGCUGACGAUAAAGUUAAAGAGUAUCAUGAAUUUCAAAAGAAAGUGGCUCUCAGAGGUCUGAAGAGACGAGAACACGACUUACUGAGCGAAACAGUAGAGGAUUUAAAGGAAAAGUGCUCUGCAAUGAACUUACCCUACAAGGAAAUGUUUUCAGGCUUUCUUGUGUCUAAGAAAUCGCGAGAAGGUCUUUUUAUCUUUUCCAUUUGGUCCUUUCCACACAACCGAUUCCAAGAACACUGGGCCGCUGGUUAUGUAGUUACACAGCUAUUAAGGAUGUCUCAUUCUCUGCCAGACUUGACAGGUUUACUGGAUUCACCCUGUCUACCUAAUUUUAGUGAUAAGAAUUACUCAACACAUUUCAAUCGUAUGAAUAACAUAGAAUUAGACUUUUCUGAAAAUCCCAUUCUUGAAAUCUAUUCAGAAGAUGCCAAUGAGGCAAGCCAGCUGGCAUAUUCGUCGACAUCUAAAAACAAGUCAGAUGUAUUAAUGGAAGUCCUCGCUGACCUGACACGCACAUUAUCCUUGUCACAGCAAAACCUUCUGGAUAAAGUCGCCACAGCCAUCAUCAGCCUCGUCUUAUACGGUGACAAUAAUUAUAUAGAGACUGCAAAUAAUUGCCAGAGAUAUUACCAAAUGGUCAUGGCAUCAGGACAGCAUGCAAGUAUAGUGAAGGCAAGUGCUAGGGUAUUGAGCGAAGUUGAAAGCCUUGACGUUAAGGAAACCUCUCUGCACGGUUUGUUACCCAUACUGGACCACCUCAAGACUCGCUGUGUGCGCGUUCAUACACUCCGUGACACGCAGAAACUCCCGUCAAGUAAGGUCCUGUCUGCGAUGAGAGAUUUGGCCAGAAAGGACGUCGAGAUAGAGCUGAAGUGUUUAUUGAAGCAGUCUGCAGAGUUUUCUGAGUUGUGCCUUGAGGCGGCCACAGGUCCAGGAAGUCGUUCCCGACUGACGAAGUUCGAAGGUUUCUUGUCAGAAAAGGGAAUGCAGCUUCUGCCGGAGAGCCUGGAGGAGCUCAUAACCAGGUCUGACGCAGAAGGGGUGCGCGCUCUGCAGGCAAGGCUCCCUUACCUGCCGAAUCUUCAAACUCUAGAUUUCGGUGGGCGCCUGACAGCAGCUGAGAUGCCCCUCCUUCCCACUAUGCUUGAGGAUCUGAGUGUCACGACCGACGGGGAGGGACUGAAGGCGCUGGCGAGGAGGCUCCCGCGUCUGAAAAAGCUGCGGUUUCUCUGUUUCGAGGGCCGCCUGACGGAGGCAGAGAUGCCCUUUCUCCCCAGCGGUGUCAGGAUGGCGUGGGUCGAGACGGACGGGCAAGGCCUAAGGGCUCUGGCGAGGAGGAUUCCGCAGUUGAAUGUCCUCCAUCAUCUAGGUAAUGGUCACUGGCAAGUUAUGUGAAACCGGGUGUGAAGGUAAUCGUGAAAGAGGCUGUGGUCUUCAGAAAGUCUGUAGCUCAGCUGAAAAAAUAUAUGUAUAUAUUGACUAGUUUUCAGCCUCACCCAUCUCCCCAUCACUCACCCAGAGUGAGGCAGUUGGUGAGGUCCUUAGUAGAGUAGAGGGGAAAGAGGACACAGGGUAAGUGCCCUGUGCUGGCCUAUGAUAGUGCUACUACUGCUUGUAUUUACCAGUAAUAGUACUUACUUUGUGUUACAGGAUUUACUAGCUAAUGCAAGUGACUUGUGAGCUUUUCAAUCUCCUUCCCCCCCACCAUACCCAUGACCUAUUCAUCCCCCAUUCUUACCCCGAUCCUUCUAUCCCUCUCGUUCCCUUAUUCGCACCUUUUCCUGUCCCUCGCUUUUUCCCUUCUCUUAACUUCUAUGGCAGUUUCUCGCUCUUCUACUCGUUUUCCUUGCUUGUUUUACCUUUUAUCUCUAUCCCUAUGCUAUCCUGCCUGCAUCCUAUCCCUAUCCUGCCUUGUAUCCUGCCGCAUUUCCCCUCGUACCCCUCUUAUUCGCACCCUCUUCUUGUUCCUUCAUUUUUUCACUUCCUUCUACUUCUACGCUAAUUUCCCCCUUUUUCAUUCCUUUCUCCCGUUUGUCUUACCUUCUACCUUUAAUCCUAUCCUGCCAGCCUCAUUUUUACGUUUCUUUUUAUUUUUGUAUUUUGCCUGCUCUUUUUAGAUGUAUUUUACGUUUUAUACACCUUUUUGUACAUUUUUUAAUAAAGCCUUCAUUAAAAUCCUUUCAUUAUCGAUGCUUCCCAUGAUGUGCGGAUAACGGACCAUCCACAUCUGCUACGAGUGAAUCUUUCUUUUACUUUUUUGAUCUCUUGUAUUUUAAGUUCAAUUUUAUUUUUUGUGGUUUCUUUUUACAUAUUCAUCCUUUCCUUCUCUCUUUUACAGCGAGAGAAAUGACCUUAUUUUAAGAUUAUUAUUAAUGAAUUGCAACAGAUUGAUUUAUGUAUUUUUUAUCAUAAUUAUAAUUUUUAAUGAUU